GUACAGCGGGGGUGAGCGGACCUGGAAAGCAACGUCGCGGGAAUUGCACUCAGCAGACGCGGAUCGAGGGCAGUGUUACUUUCGCAUGUCUGUUACUUUGUCCCGACUGUCUCACUCCAAAGACUUCCUACAAUCAGAAGUGGCCUCGGGUGAAUCCACAGCUGGCAAAGUACAAGGUCAAAGUAGAGCAGGCACGCGUCUGUGUCUCCUAGAGCCGUGUACGUUCCCACGAUGACGGCAGGUCUCACCUCGACUGCCUCCUGGCCACUGCUCUCAGCCUUCCUCUCCUUCAUACACCCACCUCACUGUCAGCGCAUCCCCCUCUUCAUCAACAACCCCUACCCAUGGUCCUGGCUAUGGCCAAUUGUCCUCCUUCAGACCUACCUCCUCUUCAAUGUCCCCUCCUCCAAGAACCCCCUUCUGGCAAAUCACGCCAGGCCUAUCCGGCUACUCCUCCUCAUCCCAGAGACGAUCCUCUGCUGCCAUGUAGCCUUCGCCUAUCGCUUUCAACGGCCUGACGAAGCAGUGCCGCCCUCGUGGAGGAUUGUGGGAGAGAGGGACUUUGAUUUUGUCUGUGGAGUCAUGGCCGCCUACUGCUGGGCAAAGUCGCUGGAAUUUGCAAUUGCAAAGGAGAGACCCAUGUUGGAUGAGGGGAAGAGGUGGGACUUUAACCUGGGAGUUGAGAAGAAGAAGAAGAAAGAAGAGGGAGCAAGUGGGCAGACAGAGAACACGGACAAGACCAACGGAGCUGCCAAGGUCAAUGGAUCUGCUAUGCAGCUCAGAAAGCGCAAGACAGACGUGCCCACGAUCCCUGAUCCUCAGGAGGUGGUGAGCGAUGCAGCUCAUAUCCUCUACUUUCCGAACACGUCCAUACCCCUCUGGCUAGAUGUAGCUACCAAUCUUCGUGGUCUUGGCUGGAAAUGGGGCAUCGCUUCACCGGCCUCGGGGCCAGCGCCGGUACCAGCAACCCUCCGACAUCCUCAGACCAUGCGCUUUCUCCUGUCGCGGCUCUGGACCUGCCUCUCCCUCGGUACUUUCCUCCACUUCUCACAUGGAGUCAUCGUCAAACCACUCUACAUAGCCGCCUACGAUCACCCUGCCGGCUCGCUCGCAUCCCAACCCUACGCCUCCUCGUGGAUUGCGACGACCUUUGUGCAGGGCGUCUUCACCCUCUUGCUGGGGUCAAUGGUGCUCGCGCCCAUCCAGGGCGUCUUCUCCCUCCUGUCAAUCAUAUCGGUCCUGGUAGCGCCCAAGACACAAUACUGGUGGGAGCCUCUACCCUUCAAUGAUCCCUUUCAGUCCACCUCACUCAAGGAGCUCUGGGGUGAGCGAUGGCACGCUCUCUUCCGGCGAGCCUGGUACAUCUGCGGGUAUAGACCUGCUGAGCUACUAGCGCAGCGAGCCGGGGUGGGAAAGAAGGGAACGAGGAUGGUUGCCGUCCUCAAUACCUUUUUGAUGAGUGGAAUCUUUCACGAGUUUGGCCUUCACGUCAUGAGGACCUCUACGGCAGGGUCUGCAGUCACACUAGCUGCUUCGUUGAGAGGGGAAGUCUGUCCUCCCCUCGACUCCCGCUCUCAAGGGUUCGGAGCCAACUCUUUUAGCACCACUCGCUUCUUCCUCACACAGGCCGUGGGUCUGAUACUAGAAUCAGUCCUCUAUCCCCUCAUCGUCCGACUCUUCCCUUCUGCAGCCCGGGAGAAGAGACGCGGCUGGCAAUGGCUGGCAUGGAUUUGGGUGCUGGUCUGGUGCGCUGUUACCGGGAGAGGAGUGGUGCAGACGUGGAUAUGGCACGGAUUCGUGGACGAUGUCAGCACGCCCGCACCAACAUUUCUGAGCGGUACACUCGCGGGGCGGUUUGUCGCUCUGGUGGUCAGAGCCGGAGAUAUGGUUGCUGGACGGUAGAGUUGUAGAGCGCCCACCCGGCGCCCUCGCAUACACAUUAUUAUUACUGUAGAUUUCGUACAUCGCAACAACAGCAUCUUUCUAGCAUCCCCGCCCUC